AGUGUUUUGCAUAGAAUUGAAGAGAAUGGCUAGAACCAAGCAGACAGCGCGUAAAUCCACCGGAGGAAAAGCUCCCCGCAAGCAGCUGGCGACCAAAGCAGCCCGCAAGAGCGCGCCGGCCACGGGCGGAGUGAAAAAGCCUCAUCGCUACAGGCCCGGCACGGUAGCUUUGCGAGAGAUCCGCCGCUACCAGAAAUCGACCGAGCUGCUGAUCCGCAAGCUGCCCUUCCAGCGCCUGGUGCGGGAGAUCGCUCAGGACUUCAAGACCGACCUGCGGUUCCAGAGCUCGGCCGUGAUGGCCCUGCAGGAGGCCAGCGAGGCUUACCUGGUGGGGCUGUUUGAGGAUACCAACUUGUGUGCCAUCCACGCCAAGCGAGUCACCAUCAUGCCCAAAGACAUCCAGCUGGCCCGCCGGAUCCGCGGGGAGCGCGCCUAAACGGAGCGUACCUGGCCCUGUCGGUUAACCCCGAGAAACCCAACGGCUCUUUUCAGAGCCACUAAACUAUCCAAAAAGAGCCGAACUGACGCAUGAUGUGCGUUUCGUUGUUAUAUAACCAUAUCUUAUUAUUGCACCGGGCUAA